UCUAUAACAGUGCCUCACGUGUAGCCGCACGGGCUGACUAGUAUAGAGCGAGGAAAAGGAAGAGUAGAUCUAAGUACCUGACUGCAAUUCUCCAGUCUGCUACUCCCACACAUUGUUGCUACUGCUAUCCCCGAUCGUUCUAAUACCAUGCAAAGAGAAAACAUUAAUGGUGGAAGUGCGUCCCGACGACAACCUCUUAUUAAUUUAACUCUACCAUUUUUGUCAUAUCCGUCACGGACGAUCAAAUAUAUUCUUCAUUUAAAUUGUAUUUAUCUUUUACAUAAAGUUUAGUAUUUUUUUACACUAUAAUUUUCUUCCUUCUAUCCGAAAAACUUAAUACGAAAAUUGUGGGCUUGCUUAAAGAUCUUCCAGCUUGGAGGAUACGCCAUCUUUUAAAACAAGCCUCGAUCUUUCAAACCAGUUGGAGUUUGAGGAAAUAUUUAUAUAUUACUAAAUGCUAAUAUCUGGAUAUUUUACACUCAUUCUCUCGGAUUAUAAUUACCAUUUCACUAUUACCUCUUUAUCAUUUUUUUAAAUACAAUUAUAUCAAUAUGUAUCCAUAAACAUAACCACCUAACGGAUCUAUAACAUACUGAUUCUACAGCCGAUCAGCUCAACUGGUCGGCAGUUUUGCCAUGGCACAGGUUAAUUCUCUCUAUGAUUCGGCCCAUGAAUCAACACUAAGGGGAAGUUCUAGUAGUGUAAGUAUAUCCCUUAGCAGUGAAACUACUGAUGACCAACCAUCAACAAGUGGUUGCAGUAGCAUGCAUGUUACUGGGAAUGAAUUUAGGCAAAUCAAGAAAGAAAAAGUUAAAGCGUAUAUUCAACAAAUUAAAUCUAUGCUUCCUCCAUCAAAAGGACGUGGAAAGAAGACUGGCACCUUGACUGCACUUCAACAUGUCAUUGAUAAGCUGAAGAAGUUAAAAGAAAGUAAAGAUGAUUCAAAAUUCAACUUUGAAGAUAGUGCAACUGAUAGUAUUGACCAUUGCAGCAGCACUGGUACUGUGAGCAAAGAAACUGAAGAAGAACCAUCACCAGGAUCUUUUGUUCUAGCUGUCACUUUGGAUUGCAGAGUGGAUUCAGUACAUGAUUCUCUACUGAAAUUUCUUGGAUAUCCAAAAGAUAGCUGGCGUGGACAUCUUUUAACUAGCUUCACAUCUCGUAAAGAUAUUAUAACAGUGAAUAAUAUGUUAUCAAAAAAUGAAAAUACGUUCAAGCGAUAUGCAGAUUCUGGUGGGGCAGCUAAACAAAAAGAAAAUACUAUAUACUUCCGGCUCAGAUAUUACAAAAAUUUGAACGAUGGCUAUGGCCUGAAGCGACAAGAUAAGUUUUAUGCAUUCCAAGCUAAUGUUACCACACAGAUCUUAGAUACACCUUCAUCAGAAAAGGAUAGGAACCUUUUAGGCAGCUCUAAGAAAACAAAGCAUUUUAUCUUAAGAUGUGUACCACUCCAGUCUGCUUAUAUUGGAUGUUCAAUGCCCAAAAACUUCACUUUUUCAACCAGUCAUAAUCUCUAUUGUAACCUUAACUUAAUUAGUAACAGUGCAAUUACUUUACUGGGUUUCCUGCCUCAGGAUCUAAUAGGCAUGUCUAUAUUUGAACUCUAUCAUCCUGAUGAUUUGACAUACUUACAGACUGUUUAUCAAAAAGAAACUGAAUGGUCAGCUACUCUCAGUCAAUGGACCAAAAGACUUGAAGAUGUAAAUGGCCAGCACACUGUAGUUAGAAUCCCUGAAAAUCCUAAUGUUUUUGAUGAGGAUACAAACAACUCCUACUCAAAAUUGUCUGAAGAAAGUCAAAUUCAAGGACAGAAAUUGCAACGGAAGAUUCAAGAAAUUCUAUUACAACAGACAACUGAGAAGUCUUUCGUUGUUCCAUCUACAAAUAAACCACUUAGCAAACAAAAACCUGCUGUUGCAAAAUCUUCACCUUCUCUUGUGGUGAAUAUAUCUGCAACAAAAACCUGCAGAUCAGAAGUACAAUCAAAAGAAGGUUUUAUGACAGCAGGUAGUUUUGUUGAUGAUGUAAUCUAUUGUCCGAAUGAUGGCAAUAUUAGUCCAGCUGUAUCACACUCCAGUUCUCCUCCAUUACAAUUUGACUCAGAUACAUCCGUUACAUAUGAACAGCUGAACUAUUCCUACAACAUUAGGCGGUUUCUGCUGAGCCAGCCCAAAACAUAUCACUCUGAUAAUUCAGAUAAAGAAGAUUCAAAACAAGUAAAGUCAGAGAAUUGCAGUGAUUUCUGUGCCGAUACAGAUUUUGUUCCCGUAGAUAUACCUAUUUUGAAUCCACCAAGCUUUGGAAGCAGUACAAAAGUACUUGUUUCUGACCAAGAACCCCGAGAUGCAACCAGCCCACCUGCAGAGGAUUAUUUAGAAGAUUUUAACAUACAUAAAGAACUUUCUAUAUCUACUGCACCACCUUCAGUUUCUUUAGAUGGACAGAGUUUAUAUCAACCAGUCAGUUUAACGCCAGAAGUUUUGCGAAUGCAUACGCAAUUACAGGAGCGCUUAUAUGUGCAACAAGCUACCAGUGAUUCUAGUCUUUUUGAGUUGGAUCGAGGACGAAGUUCAGACAAUAGCAGUAACAGAAAUACUACCCAACGUCCUAAUCGGCACAAACUAUCCAGCUCUGAUCAAGAAGAUUAUCCACCUUCUAAAGUACCAAGAUUAGACCAAUCUCAAAUGUACCCUACAAAUAUGCAACAAGCUCAAAUGACAAAUCAGCAACUAAGUUCAUCUCAAGUUUUCAACAAAACACCUCUUCAUCAUCAGUUCUACCGGCCCACUUAUCCUGUGAAUAUGCCUUACUCAAAAUAUCCUUCCCAAGUCCAGUUUCCAAAUGUACAAAAUGCCUUCCAACAAAACUUUCAACAGGCUAUUCCAGUGUUGCAGUAUGAUCCUGCAAUGCAUAUGACAUCUAAUAAUUCCACUCAUAAUGUCAGUUCAAUGAACUACACUCAAAAUACUACAACUGCUUCUAUGCCAACUACAUACUGGCCUUGUUAUACACAAACAGGUAUGCCAUUUGUAGCAACACAACUUGUUGGAAGAUUCUAUCAAUCAGUCCCUGGUUUGUUCCAUGCUUUCAAUACUCCUGUUCCAUAUUCACAUAAUACUGCUAAUCUGCCCAAAAGCAAAUCUCAAGAAACCAAGAUUACAUCUAGUAGUGGUCCAAAUACAAAUAGAAAAGAGUUAAUGAUGACAUCAAGGAAUUUACAAGGAGCUCUAAGUAAACAUAACCUCAAAAUUUCUGAAAGCUCCUGUAGUACAACAUCUCAAGAGGAAACUAGUUCAUCCCUCAUGUACCUCCUUGAAACUGGCAGCUGCAACACUAGUUCGCCUUGCCCAGAUAUUUUUAGUGAUCCUGGAAGUGUAAGGAAAAAUAAACGUUUACCUCGUGACCCAUUUUGGCUGCAGAAUACUAACUGGUCUACAAAUAUUCGAAUGAAGUACGUUGUACCACAUAAAUCUUUGAAACAUCUUUUAAAAGAAGACAAUGAACGCUUGAACUCUUUGCGCCAAUCAGAAGUUGUUCAAGAACAACUGAAAGAUCUCAAAGUCACUAUCAGUAGUAAAAUACCAGUUAUUAAUGAAGAGGAAGACUUUUUAGUGUUCUUUGAAAAUUCCACCCAAUUAAAUGAAGACAACAAGUCAGAAAAAGAUCAGGAAUGUGAUGAGUCAGCAGCUGCUGGUUCUCCUCAAUCUUCAAACUCAGCUAGUGCAGAAGAGGAAACUGAAAUAAUUGUCUUUCAAGCGAGAGAAGUAAAAGAUGAGAACAUACCAAAUGAAAAGAGUGAGGAGAAAAGCAAGAAAAUCUUUGCAGAGAGUGGUAAAGAUAAAGAACAGCAGAACUCUGAAAAAACUGAAUCCAGUGAUAAUGAUGAUGAUAAUUCUGAAAGUUCUUCAAAAAAUUCAAGUUAUCUCACUACAAGUGACCAACGAAGCAAUGAGGAGGCUGGCAGUUCUUUGAAAGAGUCUGAUGGUGCAUCAAAAGAAUCAGAUUCGGGUUCUAAGGAAUCUGACAAUGGUAGCGGAGAAGAAAGUAAGCCUACUUUGAUGGAGAAAGUUGAUUAUAAUAGUUUCUCUGAAUUAUUUGUUCCAUUAUCACUCCGGGUACCAAAGAGGGAGUCUGAUAAUCGGCCCUCAAAACAGCCACAUUGGCUCAUGAAGGCAGAUUUCAAUGAAAAUAUUAAGAUGGGCUACCAUAUUACGUCGAAAGAGCUGGACAGCAUUCUAGAGUCAGAUAACCGAAGAAUGGUAAAUCUGACACAAUCAAGCAUGGUACAUGAACAAUUGCAAACAUUGUUGGGAGAAAUUGAAGACUCUAACUCACUUGAUGCUGAAACUACUGCUGCUACGUAUGAUUAUAGUGAGAGUGAGAAAUUAAUGGACACUGUUCCUUCUACUCCCACCUCUACUACUGCCAUCACUUCUUCUACCGCCUCAACUUCCACCACCUCUGCUACCACCACCUCUACUGUCAUUACCUCAACUGCAACCACCUCAGCUGGCAUCACCUCUACUACUUCAACUACAAAUUGUUUAACAGAGAAUCAAGAAAUGGUGUGUUCCCCCUCAGAAUCAUUAUCACCUGUUACUUUAUCUCCUGAGCCAACUAAGACUGAUGAUGUAACAAUGUCCCCAGAGGACCAAAAUGACUUGAAUGCUAAUAGUUCUUCCACUGAGAAUAUAACCACUAACAAAGACAAUAACUCUGAAUCUCAAAGUGAUGAGACUACAGAUGUUCUCAUGCCACUAGCUUCUUCGCCGUCGUCGUCUUCAUCUUAUUCAUUUCUUUCACCAUCCAAUAUUGUAAAUUCACGAGUGUCAUCAUCAUACCCUAUACCCAUGAUAGUGAACUCUUCAGAAAUGCCAUCAGCAGAUGAUAAAUUUGUUUCUCAGCUAGAACAAAAGGCAGCAAAUAAUUGCCAAAAUGUAGACGUUUUUGAUAAACUUUUCCUUUCGACAGUGACAGAGGAAGAUGAUUUUAUAUAAGAUUUUCCUAAUUCAGUUAUGACCAGUCUCCAUUGAAAAUUAUACAAGCACAUGAAAUCCAUGGUCAAAGUGCUCAUUAUUUGUAAACAAUUUCACCAGUCUGGCCUUUCCAAAAGAAGAAAUUGAGGCUGAUGAUGCAGUUGUUCUCUUCCAUCUUUCUUGAAUUCAAUCAUGUUGUAUUAUUGAUUUUAUUUUUUGUAAACAGUGGUUUGCGUUCCAUAUAUAUCAAUAGCAUUUACUGGUGUAAAUAUGUUUGGUUUAUGCUAUUAAUUAGACACGCUAAAAAAAAAAGAAAUAUUUUAAAAUCAUUAUUAUCACAAAAAGAAAAAAAAAUAUAUCUGUCGUAGUUGUUAUUUAUUGAACAUUUGAAAAUAUUUUAUAACAACAACAAUGAUUCUGUUAUAGUUGAACUGACAACAAAAUGAAAUGACAUUGUUUCUCUUUAGUUUUAUUCCAUUUGUCUUUGUUAUUAUUAUUUCUUUUUUGUUAUUGUUUCCAUCAGUAAGCUAAAAAAAAGAAACAUACUGACUCAAAAAGAAAAUAUAAAUAUAUGUUUAAUAUUUAAUUUUCAGCUGUGUGAUUCAUUAUCUGAAAUAUUUUAUUGCUUACUAUAAUUGUCUGAUAAUGAAUACAAGUAAUUUGCAACUGUCUACUUUUUAUUUGGACAAAAUGUACACUACAUGUGUUUGUGUGAGACUUAAGCUUGUUCUGUUGAGAAUGUUUAACGAGGUUUCAGUUAUGUGUCUAUUACAGAACCAACCAGCAGGGAAAAAUGGGCAUUAAUCCAACAAUAGUCCUAAAUGUUUUAAUUUUUAAGAGUUAAUCUGAGUUAACUUUUUAAUAGGGAUAACUCUUUACUCAGCUAUGUUUAGUUUUCAUCUUGUAGAACUUGAGAAACUCCUAAAUUUCUUAAAGUCUCUAUUGUGAUUUCACUAACUAUAUCUAUACAGACUCUUAUUUAUUGAUUUUAAUUUAUUUAAAAUAAUUACAUCUAUUCUUUAUCUUUGUAAUUAUUAUAAAUAUGUAAAUUUGAAUUUAUCAUAAAUCCAUUAAACUUUAUUAUAUAUGUUAUUAACUUAUUGUAAGAACCGUAUUGGCAGCUGGAUCAUAAUGUCUAAACAUUCCACACAUUUGCUGGUAUUUCAUUGAAAAAAGUAAAAAUUACUUUACUUAUAGAAAUUAUAUCAAACUUUCAUUAUUUAUUGUCCAUGUUUUGGUUGGGCAUGUACACUCACAAGUGAAACUCAGAGUAGCAAGAAACUAGCUUGAGCAAAAUAAAAAUACACAUGUACUCUUAAAGCUUUUAAUUCGUUCAGAAAUUUUAUCUGUUUGAAGUGAAGCACUUCUGUUUGAUAAACUGUUGAAUUUUGUAAGAUAUUCAAGUAAGCACAUGAAAAAUCUUGUACUUUGGAAUCUGUAAACUUCUAUUAGGAGUUAUUUAAAUAAUGUAUCCUUAUUACUUUCUUUCCUGCUUGUGAUUACCAGUUUUAUGUUACUAGGUUUCUAAGCUAGGUUAUACAUCUUGGCAAUCACAUUAAUAGAUGUGUUAGGUGUUAGUAUUAAAUCUUUGAUAAUUUCAUGUUUGUUGACUACUUUUGAAUCGACUUAUGAAAUGUCAUAGAGACAGGAAACCUCAAUUUGUGUUGUGUAUUUAAUAAUUCAGCUCUCUUCAGUUUGACAUCAUUGUUCACUUCUCCAUCUAAGAAGCAUGGAAUUGCUUGCUUCUAUCACUACAUACAUAUAUAUAUGAAAGCUCUCCUUUCUUGCUGCUUGUUUGUAUUCUUCAUUUCUUCAUAGAAUAACAUAUUUAUCAAGAAUGAAAGGAUUAUCAUUUUCAUACAGUUACCAUUUCUCAUUAUUUGUUACACGUUAUGUAUUCAUCAUGAAAAUAAUUUUACAAUGGUAUUGAUUUACUUGUGAUACUAAAUAUGUAUAUGUGUGUGUGUGUGUUUAUAUGUAGAUGAGUACAUGUGUAUUUUUAUUUUGCUCAAGCUAGUUUCUUGCUACUCUGAGUUUCACUUGUGAGUGUACAAUGUUUUCAGGCAAAUUAUGACUUGUAACUUACCUGUAGACCCUGUGCACCUGCAGGAGAGUAGUAAGAGACUGACACAACCAAAAUAAAUUUCUCUACUAUUGUAUUCCAAUAGUCUACACUAAAUGGAUAUAUAUAUAUAUAUAUAUAUAUAUAUAUGUAAUGAUGUAAGAGCUGUAAAGUAUAUAAACAUAUAUAUUUUGAAAAGUUCAAAUCUUAUAGAUCAUUUGGGGUGUAUAUGUGUGUGUGUAUAUAUAUAUACACACACACACUCACAAAAUGUCAGGGAAAAAAGAGUACUCGAUACCAUAGUCAAGUAUUUUUUUUUAUUUUGGUCAAGUCAGUCUCCUUGCUAUUCUAAGUUUUGCCUUCGAGUACACCGUCUUCAGGUAAGUUGCAAGUCAUAAUUUGCCUGAAAACAUUGUGCACCAUAGGUGAAACUCAGAGUAGCAAGGAGACUGACUUUACCAAAAUAAAAUUACUUAUAUAUAUAUUUAUCUCCAUAAACACACACACCCACACAUGCAGAUACACAUACACAUAUCUGUAAUAUGUGUUAUGAAUUUAUAAACUUGGAUGAGGUAUGAAAUCUUUUUAUAAAAUGAAAGACUUACUUUUGUAAAAUAAAUUCCUUUAAAUUUCAACGUC